AUGGACAUCGACAAGCUUUUCAAAGUGCCCAGGCUUCCUACGAGCUCAAAGCGGAAGAUGCCAGAUAAUCCUACCCCGGAGAUGCUAAAGAAGAUGCGUCUCGAUACUCCCUUGAAUGAGGACUCGGUGGAUUCGGCCAUGGACGUUGAAAUCCCUGAAAGCAGCUCGGCUCCUCACCGACAGUCGCGACGCGCAACUGUAGAAGACGGGGACGACAAAAUGGUUGAUGUCUCCUUUGCUCCAGGGGGUGACGCGGACUACUUUGUCGAAGAGGAUGAAGAAGGGCGGUUCUACGGAGGAGGACUGACUUCGGAACAGAAACAAAUUUUGAGUAUUUUUGAGAGUGCUGAAGGAGAAGGAACAACGGAAGACCCAGAAGGAAUAUCGAUCACAAGCAUAAGAAGAACGCUACUGAAGUUUGAACGAGCUGCCAACAAAAACCAAGACCAACGCUCGAAGUACCCGGAUGAUCCGUCAAAGUUCAUCGACUCUGAAGCAGACCUCGACAGUGCGCUUAAAUCUCUUCUAUCUUUGGCACAGUCUCCUGUCCUGGCCUACCCAGAACUCGUGCGGUCAGGUUCUGUCAGUUUACUCAUUGGACUCCUCAGCCAUGAAAACGCCGAUAUUGUCAUUGACGUCGUUGAUGUGAUCCAUGAGCUGACCGACGAAGAUGUUGGGAACGAGCUAGAAGAUGAGGAGGAGCAAGAGGAGGCGCAGGUAGCGCUAAAGACCCUCAUUGAAGCCCUGCUAGAGAAUUCAAUCUUGGAGUUGCUCGUUGAUAAUCUUUCGCGUUUAAACGAGACUGAAGAAUCAGACCGACAGGGUGUUUUCCAUAUUCUCGGCAUAUUUGAAAACAUACUUGGCUUUAACCCUGACCUUUCCCUUAUACUAGUGUCGAAGACCAAGCUGAUGAAUUGGUUACUCAAUCGCGUCCAGUCCAAGACUCAUGACGAAAACCGUGGCUAUUCCGCAGAAUUGAUUUCCAUUCUUUUACAGAACAAUGCAGCGAACCGUCAAGAUUUUGGCAAGAAAGACGGCGUCGAGAUCGCUCUUAACGUUCUUUCUCAAUUCCGAAGACGUGACCCAGUUGAUGCAGACGAGACCGAAUUCAUGGAGAAUUUGUUCGACGCUCUUUGUUCUGCGUUGGCCGAGCCUGAGAUCAAGUCUUUUUUCCUCGCGAGCGAGGGUGUCGACCUCAUGCUUCUUAUGAUGAAAGAAAAAUUGCAAUCGAAGUCGAGAGCAAUCAAAACUCUCGACUAUGCGAUGUCUGGCCCAGCAGGCACCGCCACUUGCGCAAACUUUAUCGAGGUCCUUGGACUGAAGACGCUCUUUGCUACUUUCAUGGGAAAGGGUUCAAAAAAAAUUAAAUCCAAUGCACCAGCAGCAGCUUCCGAAGAUAUCCCACAUAUUCUUGGCAUUAUCUCCUCAUUGUUUUCAAACACUCCAUCGGACUCUCCAGAUCGAAUACGUCUGCUUGCCAAGUUUGUGGAAAAUAAUUAUGAGAAAGCAGAUAAACUACUCGAGGUGCGGGAAAAUGCUCGUAGUCGUCUGAAAGUUGUGGACGCGGAGAUCGCGGCGGAGAAAAAGGAAACCAUUGCUAACGGUGGUGAAAUCGAGUCAGAAGACGAGGAUCUGUUUUAUCUGCGUCGACUGGAGGGCGGACUGUUCACAUUGCAGACAGUCGAUUAUAUCCUCGCAUGGGUAGUCAUGGAGGACGAUGGAAUUCGCGGCCAUAUCACACAAAUGCUUGAGCGCAAGAACCAGUCCUUGAAAGAUAUCAUCUCAACCCUUCAAAUAUACCGCGACAACCUCGACGCUGACACACAGAGCAAUGGCCUAGCCACUGAUCACGCUCCAGAAGGUGGAGCACUAUCACAAAAGGAGAUCCUUCAACAUCUCGUCGAUUUUCUGCAGGAAUGUUUAUAACGGACACGGGGCAUUAAAAUAUGUAGCAAU